AUGGAUUCCCAGAGAGACAGCGAUGAAGAAGAUGGCACUGAAAAAUCAAUUCAGUCUCACGAAACCUAUUUAUGUCAGGGCUUGAGACAGCUCUACCAGGCUCAGCAGCUCUGUGAUGUCACCUUGGAGGCUGAAGGGAAGAGCUUUCCUUGUCAUCAGAUGCUGUUAGCUUCGAUCAGCCCUUAUUUCAGAGAUAUCUUCAAAAACUCCAGUGGCUUGCAAAACAAGGCGUUUCAGCUCAAGGACAUGGCCUCCUCCACUCUCCACAGCCUCCUGAAUUACCUUUACACAGAAGAGCUCUCCCUCACGCUAGACACAGCCCAGGAUCUGUUCACUGCAGCUGGCAAACUCCAGAUCCUUCCGCUGAAAGAAAUAGCUGGAAGGUUUCUGGAGAAGAAUGUCACCAUGAAAAACUGCCUCAGUCUUUAUCGCCUGGCUCACGAACACAGUCACCAAGCUCUGCUGCAAGCGGCCUGGGCCUACAUCAGCCAAUACUUUGGGGCCCUCAGUAAGAAAGAGGACUUUCUGGGCUUGGAAUACCACACACUGAUUUGCCUUAUCUGCUCCAAUGGGCUGGAGGUAGCCUCUGAGUUGACCGUCUACCAAGCCGUCCGCAGCUGGGCAGAACACCCGCCGUCUACACGCCUCGUUCUGUUUAAGGAGCUGCUGGGCCAUGUCCGUUUCCCCCUGCUGACUGCCGGGGAGGUCAUGGAAGUCCAAGCAGAUGUCUCUGAGUAUUACCGGCAUGUGCGUCUGAGGUGGAAGGAGCUGGAUGGGGCAGGAAGACUGCUAGAGAGCGGGGGACUCCGGAAGGGCAUGUACGAUGACUGUUUUGUCUGCGUGGAACUCCAUGAAAACUGGACCCAGAAUGGAGAUAGCCCGCACUCUUACCUUCACUGUUUUGACCCUCACACAGAGAAGUGGGAGAACCUUCCGCCGCUGAGGUAUCUGAGUUAUUCUGGAUGUGCAUCCUUGGAUUUCAAGCUUUACCUGUCCGGAGGCCAGACAGGGGACUGCACUUUUGUUGACAGCCUGUAUGAGUAUAAUUCUUUGACUGGCCAGUGGACUCAGCUUCCAUCGAUGUCCAUACCCCGGGCAGUGCACCCAUUUCUAGCUUGUAACAAAGAGCUCUACGCUCUGGGAGGCUGCAGUGAUGCCGGUCCGCUGACUUCUGCCGAGGCCUACAGCGUGAACCAGAGCACGUGGGCUCCCAUCUCGAACCUGCCCCUCGCUUUGACGUACCCGGCUUCUGCCGUUCUCAAUAAUAAGCUUUACCUCAUCGGAGGGAAAGCGUCCAGGAGCUACAGGGGCCUCCUUAUCUACAACACAAAGACCGAUUGGUGGAAUGAGGUGCUCAUGGAGUUUGCCUGCUACGGAGCAGCCGCCGUCCCCGUCGGUACCGGGAUGUACGUCAUCGGUGGGUUCACAGAGGAAAGGGGCAGUUUUCUGGCCCACAGUGCGGUACCCACGGAGGAGAUCCCUUUCAGCACCAAAGGGAGCUUUUUUCUCCAUGAAGAUGGCAGAGUUAACUGGGAAGUUGCCAUCCCAGAGCUGCCGGUGGCCUUGACUUUUGCUUGUGCGGUGGAGCAGGAGGGGAAGAUUUACCUGUUAGCUGGCAAAGACGAUAACCGUUCAUACAACACCUGUUACAGCUGGGUUCCACGGGACGCAAGCUGGAUUCAGUGCCCGAAGGAAAUCCCCACUACCGACGAGGGGAGAGUAUUCAGCUGCGCCAUCUUGAAGAUGCCCAAGAAGCCAAUCCAGUUCCUUCUGCUGGAGACGUCAAGAGCCUUGGCUGUUGUUGGGGUGGAUGAGACCAAGAAAGGACACUCAAGUUCUUCUCUCAGAGAGGGCUGCAGCCUUAACUGCUGCUGGGGAGGACGAUAG